AUGGAGGAACCAUGCGAGCACAACGCCUUGCCUGGCACGAAGGAGUGCGCGGAAGGUAGACCUCACGGGGAGAUCGGUCCCGCCGUGGGCUCGUCUGAAAUGACGAAGAGACGAAACAUCCCGCACAUCCACCAGGCAGACGCAGGCGCCGAAAGGGACGAUAUUCAGCGCCCUCGCCUAAGAACCGGCCGGGGCGAGGCCUCGAGGGUCAUGCGCGGCGAUGACGAGGGAGCCGGCAGCGACGCGGCGGAGACCUGCGAGAAUGCGCGUCACGCUGAAGACGUCCUGCGGACCCUGGCGAGCAUCUACGUGGAGUCGGCGCGCAGUGCUGAUACACAGAUCUUCUGUAACAACGGCGCCUACCUCGCGUCGCUCCCGGCGGGGAGUUGCGGAAGCGCACAUGAGAGCAAGGCCGAAGAAGCGGAGGCUGAGAGGACGGAGGGCAACAGGGCAGAGCGGUUCCGAGGCGCACCAACGGGCGGGGAGUCGGGUUGCGAGAAUGACGACUGCCCGCCAGACCAAGUGACGUGUCUCCUUGACCUCGCCUCGGGAUGGGCUUACGGUCAUGGCCUUCUCAUGUUCUCGCCGUCGCUGCGGUCCGGUGCGUCUCCUGCGCGCGCCGCCGCUGCGCUCGCGGCUCGGCCGGCUUUGACUCAAGCUCCUGCAGGCGUGGCAGAUGAUGCGGGGGAGAUCGCCUAUGUGCCGUCUCCAUGUUCGCCGCAUUGCGCGCCCUUCACUCUGCUCCCGUCCCCGUUUCCUCUCUCUCUCUGCGACAGGGCGCGGCGGCUAGCCCAGCCGUUCAACCGGCUUGUCGAUCGCCUCACUUGCAGCCCGCGCCUCCUGCUGCACCUGCUCGCAGAUACGAUCCAAGUGGAUGACUUCACUCGCAGACUUAGCGAGAUCGCCUACCGCGUGUAUGUGGCGCCGGCUCGCCUCCACGACAGAGCUGCGCGGGCGGCCGCUGAGGCAUCCUCUUCAGACGCACGCGUGCGAGGAAAGGACGGGCGUCUGUGCACGUCGCUGAGAGAGGCGCAUGCGUUGCGUGGGGAGGAGGGCCCCGCUGCCGGGACCUGCACGCAAACAGCCAGCGGAGGCGGGCGAGAAGACGCAACACGUCAGCGGCAUUCACAAGCGUCCGCCGGCUUCGGAGACGCACUAGAGGGUACAGAGAGGCGGCGUGGGGAGGGCGACGGCGAGGAGCCUAGACGCGACAUCGCCGCAGACAUCCGAUUGCACAUCGUGCGCAGCGACUACAUGCUCGACCGGGGGACGGACGCGCCCGGUGGAGACACGCAGGAUCCAGGCGGCGGCGCGGCGGAAGACGACGGGGUUUCCAUCACCUGUCUGAAUAACGAUAGAGACGGUGCAGCAGUUCAGCGCGUGUGCGAGUGCUCUUACCCAGGAGGAGACAGCGGCGCCGUGGGAGCGAAGGGCGAGGGCGGCAAAGACGCGGGCUGCGCCCGAGUAGGCGCCACGCAGACUGCUGGGCUGCUGGCAUGCGGAGGCGACGGUGGAGGCAGAGCAGGCGACAACGCAUGCGGCGUUGGGGCCGGAGUAGCUCCCGCCGACGCCAUCGUAGCCAACGAGGGUGAGGCAGCCGUGGGAAUGCCGGGGGAUGAGAGAGCACCACAACGCCUUGAACGUCCAAAACGCACGCGACUUGCCAUUAAGCAGGUUGAACUCAACACGAUCGCCGCGUCGUUUGGGGGCCUCGCGACCCGAGUGUCGUCGCUUCAUCGCCUGACGCUUCUGGCUGCGGCGGCCUUGCCUUCUUAUUCAUCGCCUGCAUUGCCCAGCCUCCAGGGUUUGCCUGCGCGCGUCGGCGAGGCGCAUGCUCGGCGGCGAUGCGUUGAAAAGCUCUGUCCGCGGAAUUGGCCGCUCGAAGAGAUCGCCGCUGCAUUGGCAACCGCGCACUAUGCCUACGUUGAGCGGGUGACGGCAGUUGAGGCGCACGACUCGUCUGCAGAGCGGACAUCAAAUGCGACCUCGAAUUCAUAUGCCGGCGACGCAGCCGCAGCGGCGCGAGUGGCGCGUUGCGCUCAGGCAGGCCCCUGCGCUUGCGCUGCCGGCCUCGCCUCCUCCUUGCCACCUAUCUUCCUGCUCUGCGUCACGCUGGAAGAGGAAAGCAACCAAGUCGACCAGAGGCUGCUGCAGACAGAGCUGAUGAGCCGCCACGGCGCGUACAUGCGUCUCAUCUCUGUCUCGGAACUCGUGCGCCUCUGGAAACGCGGCGACCUUGUGAUUGCGGCUCCCGCGAGGGAAGGCGACGACGAGGACGGGGGGGGCAGCCGAGACGAGUUUACGGCGCGCGCCGCAGAGUUGAUCGGGUUUGUCAGCUUCUCGAAUGAGCCAGACACUCCCGCGGGGCGAUUGCUGUUGCUGCGGGAGGCGCGUGGAGGGCGGCCGCGUCAGCGACGCUCGAGCAGCACGCACCAGUAUUCUCCUGCGCAGCCCGAAGCGCCCUCCGCGGAAGACAGCGGGUCUCGCUCGGAUGCCACGAACUGCGACGAACACGAAGACGCAGGCCGCUGUCAGCCGAACUUCAUUGGCGUUGACCAAGAUGAGAGGAGCGUGAACCGGGGCCGCGACGAGGCGUGCCGGCACCCUGCCGCACAGACUGAAGCCGCGGUGCGUUGCUCACGUGGGAACGUUCCCGGGGCCAUGUGCGAGAAGGAGGUGUGUGCCGAGAUUUCCGUCGUUUAUUACCGGAGCAUGUACGGCCCGAGUCACUACUCGGAAGACGUCUGGAAGCUGAGGGAGUUCCUCGAGAGCUCCGACGCCGUGAAGGUCCCAACAGUUCUGGGGCAGCUCGCCGGCGCUAAGCGGACUCAGCAGCUCUUCAGCGACCAGGACAAGCCCCUCCACUUAUUUCCCUCGUCCCUUCUUCCUGCGGGCGGAAGAGGAGCCACGAGAGACGGCCCGUGUCGCGCGUGCACCGCGGCGCGAAGAGACGCAGACGAGCUGAGGCUCGCGUGCAGGGCCGGCGCCCCGUGCGACUGCCAAGCGUCGAGGGGGAGGAGCAGCCACACUGCGAAGGGAGGUAGCCAGGGUCGCGCAUGCGAGGGCGAAGCAGCUGACCCAAGCGGCGACGGGGACGUGUGGCUGCUUCGCUACCUGGUGCCCGAUGACGAGGUGCGAUCAGACAUGCAGAGAGUCUUCCAGCUGCAAGUCGAUCCUUCAGAAGGCCUUGCGUCUGCCUCAGCACGCCCGCCGUCGCGGGUAAUCUCUCGAUCUGCGUCUGCAUGCGAGGCGGAUUCCGUGGAGUUGGCGGCGCCUGCUCCGCCGUCGGCUGAGCCUGACUGCAGCGCGCCCUCCGUAGCUCGCAGGCGGCGGCUGGUCCUGGCGCGGAGCGCCGUCGCGGCGGCGCUGACCGCGGAGGGUCGGGAGCGAUUUCUGCUGAAGCCUCAGCGAGAAGGAGGCGGCAACAACGUGCACGGCGCGGCGAUGCAGACGCUGCUGCGCCGCGCGAGAAAGGAGGAACUGAAGCACUUUGUGUUGAUGCGGAAGAUGGAACCUCCUGCGCUCCCAGUGCUCUUCGUUCGCGCCGACCCCGGGGAGGCAGCGGGCCCGCGACGAGACGCGGACGCGCCCCGAGGCAUGGCGGUGGUGCACGGACGGAGGCCGGGGGACGCUGAAGGAAGGAUCGUCUGCACAUUCGAAGACGGCGUGCAAGAACUCGGUCUCUUUGGGGUCAUGGUCGCUACAGGCUCUUCCCCCGUUGAAGACCCGCAACGCGAAGAACUGAGGCAACUCCCGUCUCGGGACGGCGUACGCUUUUCAACGAAUGAAGGAGCUGACGCAGCUUGCCCUGCGGCCGAGCUCUCUGGAGCGCACGGCGGAGUUCACACUGCGUCUGCCGUCCCCCCACGGGCAGAGGGACCUGCGCCGGCGGCCUGCUGUCGCCCAUCGCCAGGUGCGUACGUCGAACUCAAAAACGCCUUUGCCGGGUGGAUGCUGAGGACGAAGAGCAGGCGCAGCGAAGAGGGAGGCGUCGCCGCGGGCUUUGGGGCCCUGGACUCGCCGCUGCUCCUGUCCCACGCGCUCUACGCAAAGGCGACAAACGAACCACAAACGAUGUGA